GUGCCCCCUGGUCGAACCGCUCCAUCAAAUCAAGCACAAAAGACGUAUACUACUGCAAUGGAUCCCGAUUCGGCGCCGUCAUCCCUCGCACCAGCUGCACGACCGGACCACGACGCGGUGGCGGCGGCAAUUGAACGUAGGAUGCAAGCAGAACGCGACAGGGCGGCCGCCGCCGCGCAACCGUCCACGUUUGACGGAAAGCAUGAGAAGCGGCAGGAGUUCCGCAGGAUGAUCGACCCGGGCAUCCUGCGCCCCAACCCCCGCCCGCUCGCGCUCGAGUCUCUGCAGACGUUAUUGAAGCUCGCGCAGAACAUCGUGGACCACCCGGACGAGGUGAAGUACCAGCGGUUCAAGCCGACGAACGCGACCAUCAAGCGGGUAUUGGUGGACCCUAGAGGAACGCUCGAGUAUGCAGUUGCACUGGGAUUCCAUCCAGAGGUCGAGAACUUUCAGCCAUUCUACAUCUUCAAGAAGCGGCAUAUGGAGGACCUUCAGAUCGGUGCUGCCAUGAUCAAAGAGGCACUAGAUCGCGAGCUUGUGAAGGAGGGGCGAGAUCAGCGGCGAAGGGCUGAAGAGAAGGCCGCGCACGAGGCUGCUGUGGCGAAGGUCAAACAAGCUUUCUAUGACGACAGAAAGGGCAGGGCGAUUACGGACGAGCGCGAGAGGAUCGCGCGCGCGGCCGCAGCAAACCGUCCGGCGGGUUCACCGGCACCAGCAGUACGGGACCACCGCCCAAAGCGUCGCAUGCCCGGCUCCGGACACAUGCUUUCGGGCGAGGUCGUUGACCUUGAUGGCGAUGACGGCGAAGAAGAGGAAGGCGAAGAAGAGGCGGAGGAGGGCGCCCCCGCCCGUGCUCCCCGCGUCGCCCAUGACCACGAUGAAGACGAUGACUAGCCGCCAUGACCCGAGGCUCGAUGCAGAGCACGACGCUCAUGUCCACAUUGUAUAGAUUGACCUGUAUUCAUACAUCUGUACCAAAUCCAAGGAUUCUCUGCUA